CAAAAACGAGCCUUACGUUAUGGUAAGCACUGCUUUAAUAAUUCUCAGGAAUGGCAGAGAUGUGUUAAAGAAUUAAUACAAGGACUUCAACCAUUACCGGAUGUGAUUAAUAAUUAUAUUAAUGCCACCUAUCCAGCGCUAUAUACAAAAUGA